UGCACUGUGACAACUCUGUGAGGCGUACGUGAGAACAACAAAGUUAUCAAAAAAUUUUAUUUUCUUAAAACUUCUUUAAAAUCAAGAAAUCAGAAUGAAAGUAUCCGUUUUUGGAGAAUUAAACACUUUUGAGCUGUUUGUCCUGUGUACAGUCAUACCAGCUGUCUUCGUUUUCUUGUGGACUCUCAUAUCUGGUGACAUGAAGAACUUUAGGGGCAGCAAGUUGGCGUAUUCAGUUUAUACAGCCAAGGAUCCAAUUAAUUGCUAUCAAAACUACGUUUCAGAGAAACAAAAGGAUUCAUAAAAUAUUUGUUUUUUUAUGUUAGCGGAACCCUAAGAUGUAUUAAAUUUGUACAUAAAUACAUAAAUAUACAUACAUAUAAGCAAUAUAAAACGACGAUCAGUAAUUUUGUAGAUUGAAUAAUGAAUACAUAUUAGUUGUGUUA